GUAGAGGGAGGGAGGAGAGUAGGGCAGGGGGGCAGGAGCAUAGUGUAGGGAGGGUGUCCCCCAGCCAACGCAGGGAGUCCCCCAGGGCACGCUGCGUGUCUCGCCCGCCAUCUGGGGCACGCAGCGUGUCACGCACCCCACCCAGGGCUCGGAGAGGCUCCCCCAGGAGGAGGACACAGAGGCUGCCCAGCAGCGAGGAGGAGAUGGAGGCACGACCAACUGCCUCAGAGAGGAGACAGGAGGAGGAGGAGGAGGGUGAUGAUGACGGAGGAGAGGAGGGCCCCACCAACAAAAUGGCCCGAAGGUUUACCAGUGAUGAGAAUGGAGCACUGGUGGAUGAGGUGUUAGCGCGAUGGGAUGUGCUGUUUGGGAGUCGGUCCCAUCGUAUCAGUGCUGCCAGACGUCAAUACCACUGGCAGCAGGUAACGGACAAGGUGAACACUGUGGGCGCUUUACACAGGGAUCGCCCCACAGUGUACAAGCGCUUCAGUGACCUGAAGCGUUGGCUAAGGGCAAAGCUGGUUACCAGGAGAGCUAAAGCCCAGAAGACCGGCGGAGGGCGAGUCCCUCCACUCAGACUGAAGCCCUACGAGCGCCGGCUUCUGGACAUUUUGAGCAAAGAGGGCAGUGAAGGAGUGGACACAGACUGGAGAAUACCGCCGCAAACAUCGCGGCCUGACUCGGGCAGUGACCAGGACCAGGACAACGCCGCUCAGCAACCCCAGGAAGAGGGUGAGGCUGAAGAUCGUGAUAGAGCCCCGGAAGCUCAAGAACACCGAGCUGAAAGCCGCGCCCAGUCACCAGCUGUGAUACCUGUGGUGCCCCCCAGACGUAAGAGUCGUGCUGCUGCCACUGCUGCUGCUGCAGCAAUUGGGGGACCACCACAGGAGGAAGGACGGCGACUGGGUGAGCAACCUGCGGCACAACCGGGGCUCGUUGACGCCAUGAUGGCUGCCAUGCAGCCUAUGCUCCACCAGCAGCGCCGCCAGGAACUCUGGAUGAGGCGGUGGAUGGCCCUAAUCCAUAGGGAUAUUCAGGAGACCCAGGUGACCAUCCAUCGUGGAAUCCAGGACCUGGUGGCAGCUAUGGCAGCCCAGCCUCAUCAACCAGGGGGCUCUGCUGAGGAUGAAGUCCCUGGUCCACCUGCUGCUCCCCCUUCACCCCCUUAAGCUCCUCAACAUCGGAGGGAAAGGGGGCAUAGAAGGGGAGACGGUCCUGUCCGAGGGGACAAACGUCCCUAGCUCCAGUCUGUGUCAUUUUCCAUCUGACACUGGCCUCUUUGCCUGUUUUUCUCCUGGUAACAAACUUUGCCCUAUUGACGCUUCAGGUAUCACUUUGUCCGUUA